AUGCGUGUUCCUUUAACCUUAGGUUUUCUUGCGGCGUUGGCUAUCACUGCCAUUGAUGCUGUAUCUCUGCCGCAGGAUGUGCCUCGCGACGUGUCAGGGUUUCGGAAGAAGCAUCCAUACACGCCUCCCAUGCACCAGCACCGGAAGAUAAUCAGAAUCCGUCCAUCAAAAGAUCACCGUGAUGAUGUUUCUGAGGAUUUUGAACGCGGCAUACGUCAGGCAGAUCAGGGUAGCACUUUGUAUUUACCACAAGGCCAGACAUUCGUCAUUGGGAAGGCUCUCGAUUUGACUGAGCUCAAUGAUAUCCACGUUCACUUAGACGGUGAGAUUCGAUUCACGGAUGAUGUUAAGUAUUGGCAGGAAAACGCUUGGUACCACCCCUUCCAAAAGUCAAUUAUGUUUUGGAAAUGGGGAGGACAAAACAUCAAGAUAUAUGGUAGUGGUGUCAUUGAAGGCCAAGGACAGCGCUGGUGGAACGAGUUUGAGGCUGGUACAGGCUCCAUUCUGAAUCCUAAUAACAAAUAUUACCGUCCAAUUCUGUUCUACGCAGAAAAUACGACAAACCUGGAUGUUUCAGGCAUUCAUCUUAAAGACUCGCCCUGCUGGAACAACUUUAUCGUGAGCUCCAAGAACGUUACAUACACUGAUGUUGUAGCGACCGCUCUGUCAAACAAUGGCAGCAUCAUACCCAAGAACACUGACUUUAUGAACACGAUGAACACGUCGACCGUGCGGAUUGAGAGAACAUGGGUCAACAUUGAUGAUGACUGUUUCUCCCCAAAGCCCAACAGCUCUGAUCUUUACGUCAACACUAUGUAUUGUAACGGUACACACGGCCAGUCUAUGGGAUCCCUGGGACAGUACAAGGGUGAAGUUUCCAAUGUUUACGAUGUGCAUAUCGAAAACGUUUGGAUGAUGAAUGGAGACUAUUCCGGUGCUCGCAUCAAGGUAUGGGCCGGAAAUGAAACUGGCACGGGAUUUGUCAACAACGUAACGUUCAAGAACUUCUGGGUCGCUCGUAUGGAUUACGGUAUUUUUCUCGACUCUUGCUACUUCAACAAAUCAGCCGACGAGUGCAACGCCCAUCCCUCAGGCAUGCAAAUCACCAAUAUACACUUUGAGAACUUCACAGGCUACACGUCGGGUGUUUAUGGUAACGCUGUAGCUCGUCUUUCUUGUUCAUCUGCCGAAGAUGCUGUUUGCGCCAACAUUACACUCAAGAACUUCGACGUCAAAUCGCCAUGUGGUGGAGAGCCUGUGGUUAUAUGUGAUGGAAUGCAUGGCGACGUUGGUGUGGAUUGUGUUCCAUAUGAAAGCGACGAGGCUCAGAUGGCACUAAAGGCAAAAUGCAAAACACCAUUGGUGCCUAUCGACACGGAUCCGUGGGGCAGUGGAUUGAUUGGGAAGAAGAUCGGUGCCUUCCAUCCGGAGUAG